AUGUCCGUCCUCCUCCCGCUCCUGGGGCUCUGGGCCCUGCUGGGCCUCUCCGAGGGGACCCCGGCGCCCUUCCGCCCCCCGGGCCCGCCCCGGCCCCACCACGGCUGCUUCGGGGACGUCGCGGCCAUGCAGACCUCGGGGGUCGCCUGCGUGGCGGGCCGGCUCGGAAGCUGCGGGAUUCUCGCCUCGGAGACGUUCGCCGGGAUGGACCUGCCGGCCCUGCGGAGGUACCGGCCGCUGAUCGCGGAGGUGGGGCGGAGACGGUGCCUCGAUCCCGCCCUGAUGGCCGCCCUCAUCUCCCGGGAGACCCACGCCGGAGCCGCCCUGCGCGACGGCUGGGAUCUCCCGGCCCGGAGGUUCGGCCUGAUGCAGCUGGAGAAGAUCUACCAGCCCGUGGGCAGCUGGGACGGCGAGGAGCACCUCACCCAGGCCGCCGGGAUCCUCGGCGACAAAAUCCGGGAAAUUCAGAGACGAUUCCCGCUGUGGACGCCGACCCAGCACCUCAAAGGGGGACUCCAGGCCUACCGGGCGGGGACGGACGCCGUGGGGAGCCCCGAGGACGCGGACGGCGACUAUCCCAACGACGUCCUGGCCCGGGCCCGCUUCUACAGGAGGCACGGGUUCUAGCGGCGCGGCGGGGCCCUCCGGACGGGGUAAUAAAAGCCCGGGGCGGGGGCGAGAUCCCCCGAGGAGACCCGA